UCGCCUCUUCUUCUAGAAGGUUCAAGAAUCGACAAGAAAAGAGCGUGGUUUCUAGAAACUGCCGCUAUCCUUAUAAAUAGAAGUGCACGCAGAAAGCUGUGUAGACUGAAACACAUCGUGUGUGGUGUACAGCAGCAUUAAUUCAAGAUGCCAGAGGAAGUGCAGACUGUUCAGGAGCAGGCAAUGGAGGAAGAUGUGGAAACAUUUGCCUUUCAGGCUGAAAUUGCUCAGUUGAUGUCUUUGAUCAUAAACACUUUUUAUUCCAACAAAGAGAUCUUUUUAAGAGAAAUUAUUUCAAAUUCAUCUGAUGCUUUAGACAAAAUAAGAUAUGAAAGCCUGACUGAUCCCAGCAAACUCGAUUCUGGGAAAGAGCUGAAGAUUGACAUCAUUCCCAAUAAACAUGAUCGUACCUUGACCAUUGUGGACACUGGUAUUGGCAUGACAAAAGCAGACCUGAUAAACAAUUUGGGUACCAUUGCCAAGUCUGGAACAAAGGCUUUCAUGGAAGCUCUACAGGCUGGUGCAGAUAUCUCUAUGAUUGGUCAGUUUGGUGUUGGAUUCUAUUCUGCUUAUCUGGUAGCUGAGAAAGUGACUGUGAUCACCAAACACAAUGAUGAUGAGCAGUAUGCUUGGGAGUCUUCUGCAGGAGGUUCAUUCACUGUCCGGCUUGAUGCAAGUGAACCACUAGGCAGAGGUACAAAAGUUAUCCUCCACCUGAAAGAAGACCAAACUGAGUAUAUUGAAGAAAGGAGAGUUAAGGAGAUUGUAAAGAAGCACUCACAGUUUAUUGGUUAUCCAAUAACUCUUUAUGUUGAAAAAGAACGUGACAAGGAAGUGAGUGAUGAUGAAGCAGAGGAAGAGAAGGAGGAGAAGGAAGUAAAGGAUGAGGACACUGAAAAGGAGGACAAACCCAAGAUUGAAGAUGUAGGAUCUGAUGAUGAAGAGGAGCAGAAAAGUGAUAAAAAGAAGAAAAAGAAGAUAAAGGAAAAAUACACUGACAAAGAGGAAUUGAACAAGACUAAGCCAAUAUGGACCAGAAACCCUGAUGACAUCACCAAUGAGGAGUAUGGAGAAUUCUACAAAAGUCUGACUAAUGAUUGGGAGGACCACUUGGCUGUGAAACAUUUUUCUGUGGAAGGUCAGCUAGAGUUCAGAGCACUGCUGUUUAUUCCACGGCGAGCCCCAUUUGAUCUCUUUGAGAGCAGGAAAAAAAAGAACAACAUAAAACUCUAUGUGCGUCGGGUCUUCAUCAUGGACAACUGUGAAGAGCUGAUACCAGAAUAUCUGAAUUUUAUCAAGGGUGUGGUAGAUUCUGAGGACCUUCCCCUGAAUAUUUCCAGAGAAAUGCUGCAACAGAGCAAGAUCCUGAAAGUCAUCCGGAAGAACCUGGUUAAGAAGUGUCUGGAACUUUUCACGGAGGUGGCAGAAGAUAAGGAAAACUACAAGAAAUUCUACGAGCAAUUUUCAAAAAAUAUGAAGCUUGGAAUCCAUGAAGAUUCUCAGAACCGCAAAAAGCUGUCUGAGCUGCUUCGAUACUAUACUUCAGCAUCUGGCGAUGAAAUGGUAUCCCUUGCAGAUUACGUUUCCCGCAUGAAGGAAAACCAGAAGCAUAUUUAUUACAUUACUGGUGAAAGUAAAGAUCAGGUAGCAAAUUCUGCAUUUGUUGAACGCCUGAGAAAACAUGGUUUGGAGGUAGUCUAUAUGAUUGAGCCAAUUGAUGAGUACUGUGUGCAACAGCUGAAGGAGUAUGAGGGAAAGACCUUGGUCUCUGUUACUAAAGAAGGCCUUGAGCUUCCAGAGGAUGAGGAUGAAAAAAAGAAACAAGAAGAAAAGAAGUCUAAAUUUGAAAAUCUGUGUAAAAUCAUGAAGGACAUCCUUGAAAAGAAGGUUGAGAAGGUAGCUGUAUCCAACCGCUUGGUCUCAUCUCCUUGUUGUAUUGUAACGAGCACGUAUGGAUGGACAGCCAAUAUGGAAAGAAUCAUGAAGGCCCAAGCACUACGAGAUAAUUCUACUAUGGGUUACAUGGCUGCCAAAAAACAUCUAGAAAUUAAUCCAGACCAUCCCAUUGUUGAAACUCUGAGACAGAAGGCAGAGGCUGACAAGAAUGAUAAGUCUGUGAAGGACCUUGUAAUACUAUUAUUUGAAACUGCGUUGCUGUCUUCUGGCUUCACGCUUGAAGAUCCUCAGACUCAUUCUAGCCGCAUCUACAGGAUGAUAAAAUUGGGUUUAGGUAUUGAUGAAGAUGAUGUAGCAGCAGAAGAUACCAGUGCAGCAGAAGUAGUGGAUGAAAUGCCUCCCUUGGAAGGAGAAGGUGAAGAUGUGUCCCGUAUGGAAGAAGUUGACUGAAGUACACUAACAUGGGCUGAAACAGCAUUAGUGCAAAAAGUUGUAAACUUCUGUGAAGUUUAGAUUUUUCUUUACUUAUUGGUUUGCUGUAUGGUUUGCAAAUGCACUUCACAUUGGCAGACUGAGAUGGAGAUGUCCUCUGUUUUUGAGGUUGAUGCUUUUUUGUAAAUAACAUGAAUGCAAUAAAAUGGUGGCAAAGUC